AAAAAUUAUCUUCUAUAUAUAAUUAUAAAAUAUUAAUAAAUAUCCCCAUGCGGGAUGCGGCAGAAACGGAUUUUUGCCUCUCUAACUGAACCCAAAGACGAACAAAGAAGAAGAAGAAGAAAGAGCUGUUCCUUUUUCUUCUUCAAAUUGAAAAAAUGGCUUCGAAGCUAGCAACAUGUUUUGUAUGCUGCAAUUUGAGCAGCGGCUUCAACAACUGUAACAAUAAUUAUAAUCAGCCUACCCGCCGCGUAAUGUGCUCUCCAUUUCCAUCUUCCUGCAAAAUCCGACACCUCCGUAUUCUCAGUUCUCAGCAGCAGAAAAGACAAUAUCACAAGAAAACAUCAUCAUCAUCAUCAUCAUCACAACCAUCUUCCAUUGAUGGAGGAAGAACUAUCGAUCCGAAAUCUAAUCAUGAUCAUUCUCCACACAAUUCCACACCAUCGGCCUUGAAUGUAAACGGAGCAGAGCAGGCUGAACAGUUGUCUGGUGGUCAAUUGGAAGAUUUGUUAUCCAUGAUAAAAAAUGCAGAGAAAAACAUCCUUCUUAUAAAUCAGGCUAGAGUUCGUGCACUUGAAGAUCUUCAAAAGGUUCUUGCCGAAAAGAAAGCGUUACAAGCAGAAGUUAACGACUUAGAGAUGAGGUUGGCUGAGACUGAUGCGCGGAUUGAAGUUGCUGACCAGGAAAAGACGCAUGUGGAACUCAUGGAGGGCCAGUUGGAGAAACUGCGUAAUGAGUUGGCUGAAAAGGGUAGUACUGAAGAAAGCAAUGCUGAAUUGCAUGACCUUCAUAAUGAUAGGAUCCAUUCCCUUACUGAGGAGCUUAAUUCGGUAAGAGAAGAAAAUGCCUCUCUGAAGAAUGCCAUAGAAUCAUUUAAAAUACAGCUCAAUGAUGUCAAGAACAAUGAUGAACGUUUAGUGGUAUUGGAAAAGGAGCGCUUAUAUUUGGAAUCAACCCUAAAAGACUUGGAAUCAAAACUGUCAAUAUCUCCGGAAGAUGUAUCUGAACUGUCCACACUUAGAGUUGAAUGCAAGCAUUUAUCAGAUAAGGUUGAAAACUUGCAAUUAUUGCUAGAUAAAGCAACGGAACAAGCCAACCAAGCCGUUAUAGUGCUUGAAGAAAACCAGGAUCUUCAAAGGAAGGUUGAUAAAUUGGAAACAUCCCUUGAAGAAGCUAACGUCUAUAAGCUAUCAUCUGAUAAACUGCUGAAGUAUAAUGAACUAAUGCAGCAAAAGAUAAAACUACUGGAGAACAGCCUGCAAAAAUCAGAUGAAGAUAUAAACUCUUAUAUUCAGUUGUAUCAACAGUCAGUGAACGAAUUUCAAGAUACACUCGAUAUUCUUAAAAAAGAAAGCAAGAGAAAGACGCUGGAUGAACCAGUGGAAGAUAUGCCAUGGGAAUUCUGGAGUCAAUUGUUGCUUCUAAUUGAUGGCUGGACACUUGAAAAGAAGAUAGCAGUAGAUGACGCAAAGCUUUUGAGAGAAAAGGUGUGGAAAAAAGACAAGAGUAUUAGUGAUGUAUAUAUGGCUUGCAAAGGUCAAAAUGAAGACGGGGCUAUAUCUGCAUUUCUUGGCCUUACAUCGUCUGCAACGAGUCCAGGAUUAUAUGUGAUUCAUAUUGCAGCAGAGAUGGCACCAGUGGCUAAGGUUGGUGGCUUGGGGGAUGUUGUCUGUGGUCUAAGUAAAGCAUUGCAAAAGAAGGGACACCUUGUUGAAAUCGUACUUCCCAAAUAUGACUGCAUGCAAUAUGACCGCAUUGGUGAUUUGAGAGCUUUGGAUGUGGUAAUAGAGUCAUACUUUGAUGGUCAAUUAUUCAAAAAUAAAAUCUGGGUUGGCACUGUUGAAGGCCUUCCUGUUUAUUUCAUUGAGCCCCAUCAUCCUGAUAAGUUCUUUUGGAGAGGAGACUUUUAUGGCGAGCGUGAUGAUUUUAGAAGAUUUUCAUAUUUUAGCCGUGUAGCACUUGAGUUUCUUCUUCAAGCUGGCAAGAAGCCAGAUAUCAUUCAUUGUCAUGAUUGGCAGACAGCAUUUGUUGCUCCUUUAUACUGGGACAUAUAUGCCCCAAAAGGAUUAAAUUCAGCUAGGAUAUGCUUUACAUGCCACAACUUUGAGUACCAAGGGACUGCAGCAGCUUCAGAGUUGGAAUCAUGUGGUCUUGAUAGCCACCAUCUAAACAGACCAGAUAGAAUGCAGGACAACUCAGCACAUGAUAGAGUCAAUUCUGUCAAGGGUGGAGUUGUGUACUCAAACAUUGUAACAACAGUUUCCCCUACUUACGCCCAAGAAGUGAGAACUGCGGAGGGAGGUAAAGGCCUCCAUUCAACCCUCUCUACCCACUCCAAAAAGUUCAUCGGUGUUCUUAAUGGUAUUGACACUGAUAUAUGGAAUCCUGCUACUGAUCCAUUUCUUGAAGUCCAGUACAGUGCAAAUGAUCUUCAAGGGAAAGCAGAGAAUAAGGAAGCCUUGAGAAAGAAUCUAGGUCUUUCUUCUGCAGAUGUUAAGAGGCCGUUGGUUGGCUGCAUAACAAGGUUGGUUCCACAAAAAGGUGUUCAUCUUAUAAGACAUGCAAUAUAUCUAACAUUGGAGCUGGGAGGUCAAUUUGUUCUACUUGGCUCAAGUCCAGUUCCACAUAUUCAGAGAGAAUUUGAAGGCAUUGCCAACCAUUUCAAGAAUCAUGACAACAUAAGGCUGAUAUUGAAGUAUGACGAAUCUCUCUCCCAUACCAUUUAUGCUGCGUCUGACAUGUUCAUCAUUCCAUCGAUCUUUGAACCUUGUGGCCUAACACAGAUGAUUUCAAUGAGAUAUGGUGCUGUACCUAUCGCCAGAAAAACUGGUGGCCUAAAUGACAGUGUUUUUGACAUUGAUGACGAUACAAUACCUUCACAGUUUCGGAAUGGAUUUACAUUUUUGAAUGCUGAUGAGAAGGGAAUAGAUGGUGCCUUAGUACGCGCAAUUAAUCUCUUCAGGGACGACCCUGAGAGUUGGAAGCAACUUGUUCAGAAGGACAUGAACAUUGAUUUUAGCUGGGACUCUUCAGCAGCACAAUAUGAGGAGCUCUACUUAAAGUCUGUGACUAGAGGAAGAGCGGUAAAACGUACUUAAUUUAGCAAAAUGAGGUUUUCCUGUGCUAUCCUUUCAAUCUCAUUAGUUUUCAACAGAGAUGGUAGAUCAGAUUUAAUGCACAAACAGAAGGAUUUAUCUGACCAUAUACCUUGCAUGCAAGAACAUCUCUAAUUGAGAAUGAUUACAAAGACUACUUUGAAUGUGACGUGGCUGCCUAUAACGUGCCGCUAGAUUAGUCUCCAUGAAGCAACAUUUCUCACUUUUGAUGAAUUCUAGGUGAUAUUUCAACUUCACUAUACAUAGCAAGACUGUGUAGUUAUUAUUCAUUAUUUCGCCACUUUAAUACGUUUUUAGAAUAUGUCAACAGUGUACAAAGGCCAUACAUGUAAAUCGUUACAACUUAGUUUUCAACUGGAAAGAAUGUAUAAUUUAAUCAAAUUCCAAACAAAAUAAAAAUCCUUACAAUACUAUACCAA